AAAAAAAAAAAAAAAAUAAAUUAAACAAAAAAAAUAAUUUAUCAAUUAUUUUAUUUACUUCAUAAAUUUUCGUCGGUCGCUGCCGUGACGUGAAUUAUAUUGUGUGUUGGAUUUCUCGAGUGCAAAUUAAUUUUUCAAAUUUAAUUUUGAUUGUUUUCAAAAAAAACGAGAAAAACAAAGUUCAUUUUUGCUUGAGUCAAAUAAUUUAGCAAAUUGCAUUUUAAGAUUUUUAUUUCUACCUACCUACAUCAUAGAAGGUAUACCUAGUUAAACUAUCUGACACCUUGUGUCUGAGAUAGAUGUUCGCCGUGUCGUCGUCGUCAUUUAUUUCUUUUUUUUGUGCAAAUAGAUUUUUACUUGCUAACUUAACAACUUCCUAUUACCCACAACUAUUCCUCCUGUGCGCUUCCCCUUUUUUCUUGUAGUUAUUUUGUAAUUAUAGUUAUUUUGUUUAAUGUGAUAGGUAAUAGAUACGGUUCCGGUUGCCGUAACACCGUUAUAGAUGUAAUUCGUUUUUUUUUUGUUCGAAAAAGUGCUUAAUUCGAUUAAAAGAUACAAAAAGAGGAAAAUCAAUAAGCGUAUACAAGUCAAUUAUAUUGUGAAAAAGUAUUUUGCUUCUUCUAUUUCGUCUGUUGAAUUGCAUUGCUAUUCCAUUUUGCUGGGGAUAUACCGAAAAAGAACGAAAAAGUAUUGUUUAUUUUAUUCUUGAGAAUUUGCAUGGGCAUCUUUUUCUAAGGACGUGCCUAUGCAAGAAGUUUUUUUUCGCCUAGACGCCUAGAAUUUUUAAGUUCCACUCAAAAGGAAUCUCAUUUUAAAAACUUAGUUUCGUUUUUUCUGAAUUUUUUAUGUUAAUUCAAAAAUCGCAAUCUCGAAUUUAGUGGAAAUAUAAUCUUUUUGGAUUUUUUGAUACCAAAUAACAACAACAACAGCAGAAGCUGUAGCAACAACAGGAGUGUGUUUUGUUCGCUAUGCUCUCUUAUAUGCUACCAGUAGAAGAGAAGCCAUCAGAGACAACAAUAACAACAACAACGACGACGACAACCGCUAUGACAGUGUCGCCCCCUUCUAUGCAAGUUGAUGCUAGUAAUACAACAAUACAAAGUCUUCAAGUCCAAAAGACACCUGUUUCAAUUGUCAAAGGAUCAACCGCACCCACCAACAAUCAACAUCAUUCACAAGAACAACAACAACAACAAUAUCAAUCAUCACAAACAACAACAACAACAAAUAUGAUGAAUGUAGGAGGUCGAAAUUUAAAUUUAAACUUAAAUCUUAGCAAUAAACUAAAUCAAAGCGGCAAUGCGCUUCUAUCUGCGAUAAUUGAAAAGAACACCACCACCACCACAUCAUCAUCUGCAUCUGCAUUAGCAAUGAAUAGCAAUAGCAGCAUUGCUAGCGAUGACAAUGACGAUGAUGGAUGCCACAGCUUUGACAACUGUGAUGAGAACACAAAACUACUAGAUGCUAGCGAAAAGAUUUGCGCAAAUGGAAAAACUUUAGCCUCGGUUACAGCGGCUGUUGCUGCUUCCGUUGCCGACACGUCAACAUCAUCAGCCAUUUGUCUGCAUGGUAGUAACCACAAUAGCAAUAAUAAGACAGCGAUAAGAAGUAAUAGUAACGGGAAUAAUAAUAAUAAUAAUAGUAUUAGUAGCAGUUUGAAGGGGGGUGGCGGCAGCAGCGUUGGAAAUAGUAGUAGUUGUCAUGAUUGUAUUGAAGAGGAAGAAGUUGGAGAUACCUGUGAUGAGGAUACAGAGACUGGCGGUACAAGUGACGGUGAUAGACGUAAGCAAUUGAAGAAAGUCAAACUUAGCAAGAUAGGUGCAACCAAGAGUGUCACGUUGAAAAGAGUUUCGUUUGGCUCAUCCAAAGGUUCCAUGGUAGAAACAUUAGUUUUUGAAACUCCAACUCCCCUCCCAGAACAUGCCGAACGUGAGUUUGGAUUUUCUAUAGAAAAUUCAUACAACACAGGAGUGCAAUCGAUUUGUAAUAAUAACAUAAAUUCAGCUUGUAGUAGAAUUAAUUCAUCAUUAGAUGAUAGUGGAAUUGAACUGCAAGAAGAAUUAGAACGUUCCAAAGUCCGUGUUUCAAUUUACCAAAGUAAUCAACCCCAACAAGUUAGUCCGCCCGAAAGCUAUUCCCAUUUCAAGGAUAAUAGUUACCUCCUAAUAUCAGAUACAUUUAGCACCGAGCCAAGUGAUUUUGAAAACGACAUCAUGACAGCUGUAACGGCAACACCUACAUCUUAUGAUAGACAGCAAAGUACCGACUCUGGCUGGGACAACCCCUUCAGACCUGGUGGUGAUUUAUCGAGAGAGGCUGAUGAAAUUGUAAAUAUGAUAAAAGGUGGUAAACCAAUUACACCAACCGGUGAUAUUAACCAUGCAAUUUCAAAUGGAAGUGCACAAAAAGAAAGUCAUUCAAUUGAAAAUGGAACGGCUGUAGUAGAUGGAGCGACAAAAAUACAGGUUGCGCAAUCGCAGUCAGCACAAAAUGGUACACAUUCACCACAAUUACGGCCAGCGACGACGACAACAACCACAACAUCAGCAUCACCAGCAAACGGUGUGUCCGACACAAAUGGAACCACCACUCAGACCCAAGUGUCGAACAAGGUGGUUCCAGGUCCGACUUCAGCUAGUCACGUAGUCAUUGAUGACAAAAAGAACAAAAAAAAGGGUUGCUGUGUUAUCCAAUAGACGAGAAUAAUAAUAAUUUAUUCAAUUAAAUUAUUUAAACAAAAUUUAAAAAAACAAAACAAAAAUAACAAACAAAAAAAUAAAAACAGUUAAUUGUGUAACACGUAGACAUUGUAAUAUAAAGAUGACAUUUAUUUUUCGCUUAAUUUGCUUCUUUAUUUUGUAUAUUAUAUAUAUUUAUCCCUUAAAUAUAUAUUAAUUGUUUAUACAUAUAAAUAUAUAACUCUUUAUAUAUAAUAAUAAUAUAAUUUAUUUUUACUUUUGGAAUAUAAAAAAAAAAAUAUCUUAAAAAACAGCAUCUAGUUAGGAAAAAAAAAAACAGAAGAAAAUUAUUAUCAAAAAACAGAAAACGAAAAAAAAAACACUAUAACAAAAACUAUUUAAAACCACAAAAAAAACUAUAUGAAAAAAUAAAUAAAAUAUUUAACAAAAUCAAACAACACUUAUAAAACACACCCACGACAAAGCAAACAACAACAACAAGAAAAAAAAUUAAUUAUUUUAGGAGGAAUUUAAAAUGAGGCGUUAUAGUUAUUUAACUGGAUAAACACAACACUAUAUAAAUAUAUAUAUUUACUAUUAAUUUUAUUUGUAUAAAUAUUAAGAACCAAUUUUCCUCAUCUAUUGUGUUUAGAAGAAAUAAAAAUAAAAACAAACAAAAAAAAAAAUAACAAACAUUAGAUUCAGAUAAUAUAUAACUAUAUA